GCACGUUGAUUGGGCAAACACAUCACACAGGAAAGUAUUACUCCAUGGGAGGUCAAAAGGGUCCUGCUGGGGUUAGUGUGAUCAUCGUGGGUCUGAUCAUAGUGAUCAUGGCCACUGCGGCUAUGAGCUGCUCGGAGAAGGUAGCCACCAACAAGAAGACGUCGUGGCCGGAGGUGGUAGGGCUGAGCGUGGAGAAGGCCAAGGAGAUCAUCCUCACGGACAAGCCCGACGCCGACAUCGUCGUCCUCCCCGUCGGCUCGCCGGUCACCAAGGACUACAGGUCCGAGCGUGUCCGCAUCUUCAUUGACACCGUCGCCGAGAUCCCCCACACUGGCUAGCUAAGCUAUCUGCCUGAACAUAAGGUCAUGCUUGGAUCCAAGGGACUAUUUUUAGUCUGACUAAAACUAGUCUCUUUUAGAGGCUAAAGUUUCAAUCACCCCUGACUAAAGAGAGGCUAGAACUAGUCUUGAGACUAAAAUUUUUUAGUCAGGGGAACCCUACUAAAAUGUGGAUUAGUUCUCUCUCUCCUCAUUUAACUCCUCUCCUUUAACAUAUGCGAGUUCGGGAUUGGAGGGUUUGGAGGAUAAUAAAUGCUCAUUAACUCAUUUUAGUCUAUUUAGUAUUUGUAUCCAAGCAUGUGUGAGGCUAGCAAGUUUUAGUCCCAUUACUUUUAGUCAUGGGACUAAAACGUAUCCAAGCACCCUCUAAGUAUUUCUUUUUGUCAAGGGUAUACUUUGGACCAAUAAUUUCAUAUACGCCCGCUCCAUAUGGAUCAAUGCAUGGAUGUCAUGGGUUUGUGUGCUAGCUCUUGGAUCCCUCGUAUUGCAUCUUUUUCUUUAUGAGCUUUUUUUCCCUAUAUGGUUGGACGGAGUUGGAUUAUCUUCGGGCCACCCUUGGUGUCGGCUUCUCCAAGAUGUUGGUCUAUGUUGACAACU